AUGCCUGCGAAGGCACCAGGGCCAUUGCAUCCAUGGACUUAUCCAACCCGUGUUUGGCAGAGAGUUCAUGUUGAUUUCGCCAUGAAGGAUGGUUACAACUUGUUCCUUCUAGUAGACUCUUACUCAAAGUGGAUAGAAGCAAAAUGCCUCCGCACUACAACGACGUCAAAAACAAUCGACUGUCUCAAGGAGAUAUUUGCAGCGUAUGGCUACCCGGAGGAACUGAUCAGCGACAACGGACCUCAGUUUACUGCGCAGGAGUUCGCCGAUUUCACCUCUUCUCACGGGAUUCGACACACACGUACGCCACCGUACCAUGCUUCAUCGAACGGGGCAGCAGAAAGGCUAGUCCAAACGACAAAAGCCACUCUACUCAAGCAAGUGCUUCAUGAUAACCUAACAGGUCAAAACAGAACUCUGCAUCAACGGCUUAACGACUUCUUGCUUGCUUACAGGAACACCCCGAAUUCCGUAACAGGAAGAACGCCGGCUGAGCUGUUCCUGAAACGACAACCUCGAGUGAAGCUUUCACUCCUAAAGCCAAGUUUUGUGCAGGAUAUGCGCAGCCGUCAAGACAGAGACACCACCCAUCGCAACGAGGGCCGAGGAAGGGACCCGCAGAUGGAAGCCGGUGACACAGUUCUCGUCAAGACUACGAGAGGGGAAACCCUGUCAUGGGAGGAAGCUGUCGUGGUACAACGCGUUAGCGACUCUACUUUUGUAGUCAAAGUCGGUGACCAUUUUCGUUUUGUACAUAUCGACCACUUGAGACCCAGCUGGAUUACGGGAUCAAAGACUUCAUUCCAUCCGGACGUCGCAAAAGAAGCGCAUCCUGAGUCCACUCCAAGUACCCGUAUUCAACGAGAUUUUCUACCAACACCCUCCGAAGAAAAUACGCCUGCUGACUCCUUGAUUGGUGGUCCUACUGCGGACCAGCUUGAGGAUGUUCGCUUAGAUGACUCCACUUCAACUAAGGAACCGGCAUCGCAGCCUGAGGCAAGACACUCAGCAGCGCAGCCUGCAAGUAUCACCCCAUCAACCAUGGCAUCACCUGAAGAGGUCCAUCUGCGAAGAAGUAAUCGCACAAGGCGUCCUCCUGAUCGCUAUCAAGCCUCCAACUUUGAGCGCGGAAAGAAACGAGUGUAG